AUGUCAUCUAAUCAAUUCACCGUCGCAUCCCCACCAACAGAUGCGAUCUCCGCACUCAAAUUCUCUACCGAACCAGAUUCUACCAGAAUAGUCGUCUCUUCAUGGGAUAAGAACGUUUAUUUGUAUGACUUGCGCGACGAGAAUGGUGCAGUUGGUACGGGGAAACUACUACACAAAUUCGAACACCGAGCGCCGGUACUAGAUGUUUGUUUUGGUGCCAAUGAGGAUGAGAUCAUCACAGCUGGGCUGGAUUGGAACGUCAGGAAAAUUGAUGUAAACACCUCCACCCAAACAGUCCUUUCCAGCCACGAGGCCGGCGUCAAAUCCGUGGUAUACAGCAAAGAACACUCCAUCGUAAUCAGUGCAUCAUGGGACUCAACCCUGCACGUCCACCGUCUCAACUCCGAUUCCACACCAGCAGUGAUCCCGCUGCCCUCCAAACCGUUCUCUCUUUCGCUCAGUCCCACAAAGCUCCUCGUGGCCAUGGCUUCCCGAGCACUACACAUCUACGACCUCAAAUCCCUCGCCCUUAUAACAGACCAAGCCGAUUUCCAACCCCCAUCAGUCAACAAAGUCGAAAUUGAACCAUGGCAGCGACGAGAAAGCAGUCUCAAAUUCAUGACGAGGGCAGUUGCAUGCAUGCCUGACGAUGCUGGAUAUGCGUCGUCGAGUAUCGAGGGCCGAGUCGCUGUGGAAUGGUUUGACCCAUCUCCAGAAUCACAAGCGCGCAAAUAUGCAUUCAAAUGUCAUAGACAGACUGUUGAUGACGUCGAUGUUGUCUAUCCCGUUAAUGCGCUCUCGUUCCACCCUGUUUAUGGCACGUUUGCUUCCGGUGGAGGCGACGGCGUGGUUGCUUUAUGGGACGGAAUCGCGAAAAGGAGAAUUCGACAGUAUCAGAAAUACCCGGCGAGUGUGGCCGCGCUCAGUUUUAGUUCGAAUGGACAGUACCUUGCGAUUGCCGUUAGUCCUGGGUUUGAGGAUGGGAAGGAUGAUAUCGAGCCUGGCACGGUUCAGAUAUUCGUUCGUGAGCUCGGCGAUACUGAGGCUAAGGGCAAGGGGGCUAAAUAA